AUUUAAAGUCGCACUCGUUACAUCACGCCUUGAUGUAAGGAAACCUCAAGAUGUCAACUGCAGGACAACGAGUCUGCUCUAAUUUAUCUCGAUUUUCUUUAUAUCACCAUAUUUUCACCAACACAAGACAGGGCACUUUAAGACCUUGUGCCACAAGGACGUUGUCCAUGACAUCACAGCUUUACGCAAAGUCCAGAAAACCUCCGGAUGACAAUGAAGAAAUUUCCGAACCCAUCAAGUUCUCCACCAGCAAAGCCAGCCAUCGAACCUGGAAUGUGGACCGCUCGCUGGGCAGCAAUUACCAGCGGCCCUGGUGGAAAGUUUUACCCAUCAGCAUAUUUGGAUUGGGCUUCCUCCUCUGGUGCAUCUUCAGGAAAGAGACAGAGAUAGACGAGUCUCUAGAGAAACAUCUGUAUGAACAUUUACCAGGACUGUUGUCAGAUGAAGAGGAAAGUGUCAAAAGCAAACCAUGACAGGGUCUUAAAAGGGACAUUUUGUACAGGUCAUAUUUAUUGUUCAGUGAUGCCUUAAGUUGGACUUAAUUUAUUCAAUUAACCAUCCGGACUCUCAAGAAUAGAUACAGUUGAAGACUUGAACUGCACAUGAUUGUCAAUUGAAUAAACCCAGAUUCAGACCGCUCUAUACGGUGUGUAUUAGC